AUGGGCAUCCAAGGUCUUCAUAUCUGGAUCAGGCAGGCGCAACCUCAGCUCCUGAAUGUGAUGAAGAGGCGUUGGGCUGAUCCUGGGAUAUCAGGCAAGCGAGUGGCGAUAGACGGAACGCUCCUGACCAAUGCCUUUCACUUGAGUCCGAAGAACGAGACACCAGGACUAGAAGGCAAAGGAGCCAUCAUCGGAUGGUACAACUUAGUGAAAGCUAUGCGUUCGCACGGCGUCAAGCCCGUAGCUGUGUGGGACGAGCGAGGCUCUAGAGCGUGGAAAGCGGUCGAGGCUCGUAAACGGCUAGCUGCUCGACAGUCUCAUCUCGUGCGAAGUCACAAAGAAGACGAUCGAGCGAGCCGGCUGAAAUCGAUGCAAGGUCUCUUCGAAGAGUUUUCCAGUAUGACAGAAACGGAGAGGAAUAUCUUUCAUCGACAUUGGGCAGAUAUGCUACUUCAAACGCUGAACGUGUCGCUGAAUCAGGGGAAGAAGAAGGUGGUGGUGGUGGUGGAGGAGGAGGAGGACGUUCCUGGGGACGCGGUGAUGAUGCCGCCCGCUGGGAAUGACUUGCCCAACAAAUCACCCGUUGAUCAAGUUCAGACCGACUACAAAACGAGUUCCGAGCCUUUGACCCCGAGUCAAGCACAAGAAUCCCUCGACAAGGUCAUUUCAUUUGUCGACUCGUUCAAUGAGGUCUUGGAGGAGUUCACCGCGCAUUAUCGACCGUACUCGAGAUCGUCAAGGGGCAAGAAACUGAGGGACAAGGAGGAUGAAAUGGUCAUUGAACAUGCUGCGACCCUGGAAACGAUCGCAGGGGAGAGCCUGUCGGGAGGUCAGGUGUCAGAGGUCGGUCCGAGGUCAGGGAGAAGAUCGACCGACCCGAUCGAUCAAACCCUACGCGAUCUGGCUCCAGAGGUCGGUGAGACGUCGGCCCAGACAGACUUGACAAGGCGUGAAGGAGAGCUUUUGCAGACUUUUCUCGUCACGCCUCCCGACUACGCUCCGGAGAAGGCGUUCGAUAUAUUGGAUACGCCGACCGAAGGCACGAUCGAAUUGUUAUCGGAGACGGAGAGACAGAGUCGACUGAAUGAACUCACUCUCGAUUCGGAACGUAUGCAGGACAUGAUGAAGAAGCGCUUGGCGGUCCCCACAGCUCAGGAUCAUGCACAGUGUCGAGAAUUAUUGAUCAAGAUGGGUGUCCCGAUCCUGACCGCGGAGAUACCGUACGAGGCGGAGGGCUUGGCGAGUGCACUUGCCAAAGCGAAUCUGGUCGACUUUGUCGGUACAGAGGAUUCGGACGUAUUGGCGUACGAGGCACCACUGCUUCGAGGUGUAUCCGGUGGUCCCAUCACCGCCGUCUCCGGGUCUGAGCUGCGAGAAGCUGUCGACAUGACUUCAUCUACUUUUCUCGACUUUUGCAUCUUACUCGGAACGGACGCGUCUGAUCGUAUACCCGGUGUCGGCCCUGCACGAGCGUUCAAACUCAUAAGAGAACACGGAUCGAUCGAAAACAUCUUGGCCUCGAGCAACAAGUAUACGACGAAAAUGACCGCAGCCGCCAAGAAGGAGUUUAUGAGACAAGUCGAAUUGGCUCGAAAGGUCUUUACAGACCUCCCGGCGAUCCCAGAGGGAGUGGUAUUGGAGCAAGGGGUGUGCGACGAAGCUGCUUUGGACAGGUGGCUGGAGGAUGUUCACGGGCUGAGAUUUGAGCGGGGGCUGGGGUACGUUCUGGAACAAGUACGUCCAUUGCCCAAUGCCCCGCAUCAUGAGUCGUUCAUGGAGGACAUUGUGGAUGAGGACGAGGACGAUAAUGAUAGCAUUUCAUGGGACGAUAUUUUGGCGACGGAGUCGACGGCAUCAUCUGUAUCAUCAUCAUCACCACCACCUGUAUCAUCUUGA